AAAUCAUGCAUGAUGUGAUCAAGAAGGUCAAGAAGAAGGGGGAAUGGAAGGUGCUGGUGGUGGACCAGUUAAGCAUGAGGAUGCUCUCUUCCUGCUGCAAGAUGACAGACAUCAUGACUGAGGGGAUAACAAUUGUGGAAGACAUUAACAAGCGCAGAGAACCGCUCCCCAGCCUGGAGGCCGUGUAUCUUAUCACUCCUUCGGAGAAGUCAGUGCACUCUCUCAUCAGUGACUUUAAGGACCCACCGACUGCUAAAUACCGGGCUGCGCACGUCUUCUUCACUGACUCUUGUCCAGAUGCCCUGUUUAAUGAGCUGGUAAAAUCUCGAGCAGCCAAAGUCAUCAAAACGCUGACGGAAAUCAACAUUGCGUUUCUCCCAUAUGAAUCCCAGGUGUAUUCUUUGGACUCUGCUGACUCUUUCCAAAGCUUCUACAGUCCCCACAAGGCUCAGAUGAAGAACCCUAUCCUGGAGCGUCUGGCAGAGCAGAUCGCAACCCUGUGUGCCACCCUGAAGGAGUACCCAGCUGUGCGGUACCGGGGGGAAUACAAGGACAAUGCCUUGCUGGCUCAGCUAAUCCAGGACAAGCUUGAUGCCUAUAAAGCUGAUGACCCAACAAUGGGGGAGGGCCCAGACAAGGCGCGCUCCCAGCUCCUGAUCCUGGACCGAGGCUUUGACCCCAGUUCCCCCGUGCUUCAUGAACUGACUUUUCAGGCCAUGAGUUAUGAUCUGCUGCCUAUUGAAAAUGACGUUUACAAGUACGAGACCAGCGGCAUCGGAGAGGCGCGGGUGAAGGAGGUGCUCCUGGAUGAGGACGACGACCUGUGGAUAGCGCUGCGCCACAAGCACAUUGCAGAGGUGUCCCAGGAAGUCACCCGGUCUCUGAAAGAUUUUUCUUCCAGCAAGAGAAUGAAUACCGGAGAGAAGACCACCAUGCGGGACCUGUCCCAGAUGCUGAAGAAGAUGCCCCAGUACCAGAAAGAGCUCAGCAAGUAUUCGACCCACCUGCACCUUGCCGAGGACUGUAUGAAGCAUUACCAAGGCACCGUAGAUAAACUUUGCCGAGUGGAGCAGGACCUGGCAAUGGGCACAGACGCGGAAGGGGAGAAGAUCAAGGACCCCAUGAGGGCCAUUGUCCCCAUCCUGCUGGAUGCCAAUGUCAGCACUUACGACAAAAUCCGCAUCAUCCUUCUCUACAUCUUUUUGAAGAAUGGCAUCACAGAGGAGAACCUGAACAAGCUGAUCCAGCAUGCCCAGAUCCCCCCAGAGGACAGUGAGAUCAUCACCAACAUGGCGCACCUCGGUGUGCCCAUCGUCACGGAUUCCACGUUGCGCCGCAGGAGCAAGCCAGAGCGGAAGGAGCGCAUCAGCGAGCAGACCUACCAGCUCUCACGGUGGACCCCAAUCAUCAAGGACAUCAUGGAGGAUACUAUUGAGGACAAACUUGACACCAAGCACUACCCAUAUAUCUCCACCCGCUCCUCUGCCUCCUUUAGUACCACCGCUGUCAGCGCCCGCUAUGGGCAUUGGCACAAGAAUAAGGCCCCAGGGGAGUACCGCAGUGGCCCCCGCCUCAUUAUUUUCAUCCUCGGGGGCGUGAGCCUGAACGAGAUGCGCUGUGCUUAUGAGGUGACCCAAGCCAACGGCAAGUGGGAGGUGCUGAUAGGAUCCACGCACAUUCUCACCCCACAGAAACUGCUGGACACGCUGAAGAAACUGAAUAAAACAGAUGAAGAAAUAAGCAGUUAAAAAAAUAAGCCGCAGCCCCUCCCCACAGUGCUCCGCCGCUCCUCCCAGCCCUGCACGCCCUGGCCGGCCCUGUCGCGCUGCAUUCUCGUGUUUCAUGAUGCCCUCUUCUCGUUUGAAACAAAAGAGAAUAAUGCAUUGUGUUUUUUAAAAAGAGUACCUUAUAUAUGUAUCCUAUAAGGAGAAGUUGGUGUGCGAGCGCUGUGCCGCGGAAGCCUGUGAACUGUAGGACGAAUGGACUCCUCCCCGUUAUUUAUGAGUUUGUGACCUUGUACAUAGCCCCAGCGACAUGUGCAAAUUGCUUGAGGAUGGAAAGGUAGAAGUGUGGGUGUCAUUAUGAUCUUAUUUUGGUUUCUCGUUCUCGUUGGGAUCCAUAGAGGUAUCUGUGUUCUCAAAGUAUUUCACACUGAGGAUGAAUCUGCUCUCUUCACUCCAGUUCCUCCCCUCGGUGCCUGUUCUCAUCCAGAUCAGCCGAGAAGUGGCAGUCAGGGGUCAGACACACUGUGAGGUUGGAGAUUCUUCCCCCAGUCCUCAUGCCCCUGCCGGUAUGGCUGCAGGUGGGGGCUGGGGUGCUCGCACAUAGCCAGGCUGGGCAUUGGCUGGCAUCUCCACAGCUGGCACUGCCCUCCCUCACCUGUGUCCAGAGUUGUGACCCUGAGGGAAGUCCUCCAGGCCAGAUGCGUGAAGAGCAGUCGCUCACCGGGGCCUCCAUCUCCUUUGGGGCCUGGUUAGGCCUGCCCGCUUGACUAGACCCCUUCCUGCCGUAGCAGUGUCCCUAACAGCCUCUGUAAUGAGCAGGGUCAGCCCAGGCAGGGCUCAAGUGUCAGGAAGGUCCUGGGCAGGGGACCCUUGUCUGGAGGAAGGGGAAGAACAGAGCCCCUCUGUCCUCUCUCAUUGGAUUGAGGCUGCUGAACCUGUCCCCACCUUGCAAGCAACACUUGUCAGAUUACCCUCAGUUUAAGAUACCUACGAUUCUUUAUUUUGUGUAUUGUGCAGUCAUAUGUCAUCGUAGUUGUAAGAGAAAAUGAUCAUUUUAUUCUCUGUAUAAAAAUGUAGCUGUAAAGCAGAAAUUAAAGAAACAGAUGCUGGAAGGAUGGCUCCUCAUCCUCAGGACUCAGCAGUUCCCCAGUGCCCAGGAGUGAGCACACCACUUACUCUGCUGCUGUUGUCGCAAAAUAUGACAGUGGAAGUCACAAAAAACGUCCCCGCCCAGCCCCCGCCUCCCUCUCCCUCCCGCAGACUGUGUGUAUCUUACUGUGUCUUGUGACGUCGUUGCAAACGUGGUGUAUGCUAGUUCAGCGCAGCCUCCGCCUUCCUUUGACAGUGUUUCUCGCCCGCCCUGUUAGAUGCAUUGUGGCGUUCUCUUCUCUUGGCUUUGAAAUCUCCCUCUGCACUCGGAUUAGUUUCCAGGUCUCCUCCUGGCCACCCCUCUCCCUUAAGAGAUCUUACUUCCUUAGGACAGAACUGUAGGACCCUGCCUUGGUUUGUUUCUUAUGGUUGCUGCUUGUUUUGUCCCCACCCUCUGACCAAGCGAUGCUCAUGCUUCAGGACUUCGUUUGUCAAACAUGUUGGUUUUCCUUUCUCUGUUAUUUAUAUAAAAAUAAUUUAUCAAAAGGAUAUUUUAAAAAAAAAAAGCUAGUCUGUCUUGAAACUUGUUUACCUUUAAAUUAUCAAAAUCUCCAUGUUUGAAAGUAUUGAAGCACAAACAUGUAUCAUCUCUGUACCGUUCUGUACUAAAGCACUCAAGUCUAAUAAAUAAAGAAAUCAGCGCCCACUCAC